UAACUACAUCAUCGGGAGGAGACAGAGGUACCACUCCAGGGGCGGGAUGAGAGGAACCAGUGCCUCCCCUGUGGCUGUGUCUAUAUACAGUACGGAUGGAGCCGAGAUGUGAGGAACCGGCUGGGAGUUUGUGUCCUGCUGCCCCUGUAACUCCCUCCCCUGUGUCCCUGGCAUUGUCCCUCCCCUGCACUCACAUCUCCAGCCUGGGCUACUGGACAGGACAUUCCUGAUGGAUCUCAGGCACUUCUGAUACACAGUGAGUGUGGGGCCCCCCUAUCCGCGCACAGGCCCCGUCCAUUCCCAACAUGGAGUCACACUUGCCCCGUUUCCCAGAGGGUGAACCACAAACAAUAAAGAUAAAGGAAGAAGAACCGGACCCUGACGAUCAUCUGGUCCAAAUGGAAAGCUCAGCAGCGCCACUUACUGAUGGGGGAAAUUGCCUUAAUGAUAAAAGAAGUCUGGAAUAUGGAACAGUCCGGGGAAGGCUCCAGGUGGCAGAAGGCAGUGACUGCUCAGACACAGAAGUGGCGCCUUUGGGGGGCGCUAGGGUAUUGGGGGCACAACCCACAGCACUGACUGACUGUGCCAGACACAAGGAUUGCUCUGACGCAUCCGGUUUUAUCUGUAACAAAUGCGGCCUGUGUUUCUCUGUGACUGACGAUCUUCUCGCACACCUCUGCACCCAGACAGCCAAUGAGAAUUCCAUCUGCCCCCAAAAGAAAAAGCAGCCGGAGUCCAAGCCUUUUAUCUGUUCUGUGUGCGGAAAGAAAUACAACAGUAAAAAUGGCUUCCGAGCGCACAAACUGGUUCACACGGGGGAGAAGUCUUUCACGUGUUCUCAGUGCGGGAAGAGCUUCUACCAAAAGAUGAGCCUUGCCAUACACGAGUGGCUUCACACGGGGGAGAAACCAUUCACGUGCACAGAGUGCGGGAAGUCGUUCUCGCUAAAGAGCCACCUCCGCAGCCACCUGAAAGUUCACACGACGGAGAAGCAGUUUUCAUGUAAAGAAUGCGGAAAAGGUUUCUCCCACAGGUUCAGCCUUGCGUCACACGUCCGAGUGCACACGGGGGAGAAACCCUUCACCUGUUUGGAAUGCGGCAAAAGCUUUACACACAAGUUCAGCCUUUCCCUACACGAGAGGACUCACACUGGGGAGAAAGUGUUCACUUGCACGGAAUGCGGGAAAACCUUUUUUCAAAAUAACAAACUUUUAAGACAUCAAAUGACCCACACGGGGGAGAAACCAUUCACUUGCACGGAGUGUGGGAAAAGCUUCUCUCGGAAGAUCAGCCUUUUGUCGCAUGAAAGGAUCCACACGGGAGAGAAACCCUAUACCUGCGGCGUGUGUGGGAAGAGCUUCACUCACAGAGCCACGCUCUCAAUACACGAGAAGAUUCACUCGGGGGACAGACCGUUUGCAUGCAGUGAAUGUAGCAAAAGCUUUUACCAGAGGAGCAGGCUUCACAUCCAUCAGAUGACUCACACAGGGGAGAAACCCUAUACAUGCACUGAGUGUGGCAGAGGCUUCACCCAAAAGGGCAACCUCCGCACUCACCAGAAGGUUCACAGAGAGAAGCGCUACCAGUGCGCGGAAUGCGGUGAGGGCUUUUCUUCAAAGAUCAGUUUUAGGAAACACAAAAAGCUCCACUCAGGGUAGAGACCUUGUUCAGAGACCGAAGAACUUCCCCAAGCGCCAUAUCCCUCAGGCUGCGGGGGUUAAUUCCAUGGGAAGCCUUUAUAUCAGGCAUGGGCAGACUGGGGGCAGUAUUUAUUAACAUUUAUUUAUAAAGCGCCAACAUAUCCCGCAGCGCUGUACAAUAAGUGAGUUACAUACA